UCAGGCCGGGUGACCAAGACCAAGGACGGCCACGAGGUCAGGACGUGCAAAGUGGCCGACAAGACCGGCAGCAUCAACAUCUCCGUGUGGGACGAUGUGGGCAACCUCAUCCAGCCUGGGGACAUCAUCCGCCUCACCAAGGGCUACGCCUCCGUCUUCAAGGGCUGCCUGACGCUCUACACCGGCCGAGGGGGGGAUCUGCAGAAGAUUGGAGAGUUCUGCAUGGUUUACUCCGAGGUGCCCAACUUCAGCGAGCCCAACCCCGAGUACGCCGCGCAGCAGGGCCCGGGCAAGGGGGUGAGUCGGGGGGCACGGGGGGGUCACCCUGUGUUCCCAGGAGUUUGA